ACAUUGCAUGGUUACUUUGGCAUGCUCAUUCUUCCCAUCUAUUGUCUAUCGCCUUUCGAACAUGUCUGGUCAAUCAUAGGAGAACGCUUGGCCCGCAUGCUGCGCCCGCGGGGGUACACCAAAUAUACUCUGGCUACGUGUGGAGGUAGCAUGGGUUGCCGUUCCCCAGAAUCGGCCAAGGCGACAAAUACAAAUGGCGGGACCAUCAUUUGUGCCUGGUGCUUGAAAACUGGUCUAAAACUUUUCACUUUAAAAACUUCUUCCGGUGAAACUAAAGUGUUCUGUAGCGAGCCUUGCUUCAAUCAGUGUCGAAGGGCAGCUUUCAAGAAAAAUCGUGUUUGUAACUGGUGUAGGCACGUACGGCACACUGUUAAUUAUGUCGAUUUCCAAGACGGCGAUGAUCAGCUACAAUUUUGCAGUGACAAGUGUCUCAAUCAAUAUAAGAUGCAGAUUUUCUGCAAAGAAACGCAAGCUUACCUCCAGAUGAAUCCGCAUUUGCAUGAAGAAACGAAUAAAAAUCCUGGAGGUACAGGCUCUAAGUUAAUCACGCCUGACUUGUGGCUGCGCGAUUGUCAAGAACCGGUGAACGGCGGGGGAGCAGCUAGUUUAUCUCAAAGUGAGGAUGAAAUGACCCCUUCCAAUACAGAGAAAUCUGGUAAUGGAUCUGAACUCGAAGAUCUCACUGUUAGUUCAAAACCAGACCGCAGUAAUUUGCCAGGCAGCAACACAACAACUGUACAUGACAGAGACAUUUCUCAUGAAAUUCGCAAAAAUUCACAGAUAAGGGACAGGCAACCUACAGAACAGUGCAAUACUUUAGCAUCGUAUUUAAGAGAUGAAAGAGAUAAAAGUAUUUUAGAACGUAAGAAACGAUUGCAUGAAACUGAAAGGGAACAUGCACGAAAAAGACAACGCAUUUCAUCGAUGAGAAACAGGACUCAUCAUCCUGAAGCACCACCAGCGCAUCUCUCUUCAGCAGCGCACCCUCCGCUGUCACUGCAAAAUCAAAACAGAGUCUUUCCUUCGUCGAUUUCUCCUUAUCCGCCAACCCUUAACACAACCUCUCCUUCGCCAUUAAAUCCACCUGCUGCUCAUACAAAUACUCUUCAACCGCAUCCUGCAAUAACGGGUUCACUUUUACCACCAGGAUUGCCUCCACCUCCUCCUCUUUUGAACAAUGAUUUCAUGCACUCACCUUUCAAUCCUUCACUUUUUCAGUCACCUAUGAACCCUCUGUCACAGCAACAGCAGUUGGAUGCCCUUCUACGAAUGCAAUCGAGUAUGAGGCACGGUGUUCCCCUGCCACCUCAUCUCUUCCAUGAAUCCAUGUUACCAGCUACACGUGGGACACCACAUCCUCCUAACUCAAGCACUGUUAUGCAUCCUAAUACUGUCAUGUUACCCUAUCCCAUAUUUGUGCCUCUUCCAGUUCCUAUACCCAUACCCAUUCCUUUAUCAAGUUUUCUACCAAAGGAGAAGAAAUCUACUAAUAGUGGUGAAUCUGGGUCAACUGACAUUCCUAGUUCACCAGAUAAGCACGACUGCGUACAUUUAGAUUCAGACAGCAACAGUCCAAAGAUUCCAGGAAAGACAAGCAUUUCCACUAAUGCGUGUCAUGGAGCAAAUGUUUUAAAGGGUGAAAAACAAGUGCAAGCAGCUGACACUUCAUCUUAUGCAGUGACUAAUAAUGAUAGUCAAACACAUCGUUUAAUUUUAACAAGGAAUAAGACACGAUGA